UACUUCCAAAGAAUUGGGUUUGAUGGCUCUCAUGACAAACCUGAUCUGGCAACACUGAAGCUGAUCCACAAAAAGCACGUCCUGUCAAUUCCAUUUGAAAACCUCAGCAUUCACUGUGGGGAAAGGAUCACCCAGGACCUCGAGGUAAUUUUCAAUAAGAUAGUGAGGAGCGGUCGUGGAGGUUGGUGCCUUGAGAACAACUCCCUGUUUGGCUGGGUGCUCAGACAAAUGGGCUAUGACACUGUGACCUUGAGCUCUAGAGUUUUCCAGAGUACCAUCAAUGAAUUUGGCCUUGAUGACACUCACCUCAUCAACAAGGUGGUCAUUGAUGGAAAGGCUUAUAUAACAGAUGUAAGCUUUGGAGUGUCUUCCCAAAUGCGGGAGCCCCUGCAGCUCGUCUCUGGAAUGGACCAACCUCAGGCAGCAGGGGUCUUUUGUCUUAUUGACAAAGGGGACAUGUGGGUGCUGGAGAAGACUGGAAGAAAGCCAGAGGUCAUCAAUCCAGAAUUUGCUGAAUCAUGUCUGGUGAGCAGAAAAGUAACAAAACAGAUCUAUUGCUUCACCAUGGUGCCUCGUGAGGCUGAUCAUUUCUUUGAGGCAAACCACAAACUUCAGACAGAUCCUACUUCACUAUUUACCUGUAAAUCUAUCUGCUCCUUGCAAACACCCACAGGAUUCCGAGCCCUGAUU